GACAUCUGACAGAAAACACUAAAGAAAGAUGGACCACUGUGAUGAACUUUUUAAGAUGCUGUAAGUAUUAAAAAAAGGAACAAAGUUAAGGUUUGAAAUGUGAAGACAGGUGGACACGUCCUGUUUUUUUUCUGUCUGCAUGUUUUUAAAGACCAAAGAUUGAAUAUUUGAAGAAGACGACAAUCAAGACAACUUCUCUGUGAUCUUUUUAUUUUGGUUUUUAAAGAACAGAUAGUUAAAAAAAAUGUUUUGAGGGAGUUAAGAAAUUCGAUUUUUUAUUUACUGGAUCAUUUGAAGAGAAGGACACCGGGAAGAAAUUUCUGAAGAAGACGGGACAUCAAAUGUCCUAAAGUUAAGACCUGAGGAGGACAGAAGGACGGACUUCUCAGAGAUUAUUUUGGGUUUUGUUCCUGCAACAGACGAUCUUUAGAACAUUUAUUUAGGACUGUUUCAGAGACGACAAAGUUUGAGCGAAGGACAUCUCCUUCAAGACGUCUCGGAGAGGUUUCAGGACAAGAGGAAAUAAAGUGUCUUCAUGUCAGUGUUGGACCAUGAACUGAUCCAGGAUCAGGACUCAGCAGGCUGGAUUAACCUCUGACCUCUGACUCAGACGUCUGAACGCUGCAGAGAAGAAGAAGAGAAUCUGAUUGGAUGCCUUCCUGGUGCAGGUCGUCUGUCAGCCUGAAAAUGACAGUGAGCGACGCAGGUCAAGAAGCAGACCGGUGAGGGGAAAUCAAACCCACGUCGUUGGCGUUAUGUUGGUGUGUCACUCCCUGCUGCUCACUGUGGUGCUGCUCGCCGCCAGAGUCUGGAGCCAGAGCUGGAGACCCUGCACAGACCUGCUGCCUCUUGACCUGCUGGCCAGAGUCCUUCCACACCCAGGACAAGCCCCGCCCCCACAGGUGCAGAUGGUUCAGUCCAAAGGAUCCAGAGGUCUCCGACUGGCCGGAGCCACGGCGACAGCGCUGAGUUUUCCCGCCUCCCAAAUCUUCAGCAACUGUGACUACUUCCCGGCUGAGUUCUCAUUGGUUACCACCAUCAAGAUACCGAGACUAAGACAGAAGAGGAACGAAUACAUCUUCUCUGUGGUGGACGAGAGAUCGGAUUCCCUGUUGCUAGGGUUACGUGUCUCAGAGAACCGCCUGCACCUCCUGGUUACACCCCCCGGUGUUGGUGGACGAAGCCGGCUGAGCUUUAAGGAUAUUGGACUGGAUGAUAACCGCUGGCACACUGUGGUGCUCGCCAUCACCGGACCAUACGCCACGCUGAGCGUCGACUGUGGACUUCCUCUGGAGCUUAAACAGGUCCGGUCAUUCCCCAGCACUCUGAGCACCAGAGGCUCCAGGUUCUUCAUUGGCAGCAGGAGGAGGAUGAGGGGACGCUUCUCUGGUUUACUGCGGCAGCUGGUUCUGCUUCCUGGUUCAGACGCCACGCCCAGACUGUGUCCGACCUCUGACCCCAGCCUUGCUGAGCUAUCCAUCCCCCAGGUCCUAAAGUCCACCCCUCUGCAGCCCGACCAGUAUGGACCAGUUUACCCAUACGAGGCGGAGGCCAGAGUGACUCUGGGGAAUCCUCCGACAUGUUCAGGACCGGAGCAGGGCCAGCUGUGGUUCAACAUUCAGAGAAAAGGCCUGUUCAUCUGUGACGGACUCACCUGGAGGACUCUGCUGCACAAUCCGGAGCGUUUGGACUACGUGGAGGACUACCAGGAUCUGUACACCAGCUCAGAAACCUUUGACGUUGAGGUCUUCUCCAUCCCGUCUGAGGGCCUGUUCAUGGCUGCAGCCAACAGGGACUCUCGACCCGGUUCAGGUAUUUACAGAUGGAAGAAUGGGUCGUUCCAUCUCCACCAGAACAUCAGCACUCAGGAGGCUCGAGCCUGGAAACAUUUCACCAUCGACAGUCAGAUGUUCCUGGUGGUGGCGAACUCCAAGGAGGCGGAGCCUGAGCUGUCAGUCAUUUACAGGUGGAAUCAGCGACGGCGGCGUUUCCUCCGUCACCAAACUCUGGAGACUCACGCCGCUCUGGACUGGGAGGCGUUCAGCAUCCACAACCAGAGCUUCCUGGUGGUGGCCAAUCACAGACGAGCCAGAGACUCCAACCACAACAUCCACAGUUUCAUCUACAGGUGGAACCCAAACACACAGCUGUUUGAGGUGAAUCAGACUCUGUCCACAUCCGGAGCAUAUGACUGGGAGUUCUUCUCUGUCGGACCGUACCACUUCCUGGUGGUCGCCAACACCUUCAACGGUCAGACCACCAUCAUCAGCUCUGUGGUUUACGUCUGGGUUAACGGAUGUUUCCAGACCUUCCAGAGCAUCCCGACGGUGGGAGCGACAGACUGGGAGACGUUUCAGAUCGACGGCAGGUUCUUUCUCGCCGUCGCCAACAGUCAGAAGGUUUCAGAACGCGGCCCAAGUCUCUACAGCAUCAACUCCACCGUGUACGAGCUCAACAUGCUCACACAGACGUUCAUCCCUUUCCAGGACAUCCUCACGCACAGUGCUGUGGACUGGGAGUUCUUCACCAUCGGAGAUGAGAAGUUCUUGGUGGUGGCCAACUCUCAUGACGGCAGCUCGUACUCUCUGAACAGUAUCGUCUACAGGUGGCAGGGUUACGAGGGCUUCGUCCCGGUUCACAGUCUGCCGACGUUCGGCUGCAGAGACUGGGAAUACUUCAGGACCGACGAGGGCUCCUUCCUCGUCUACUCCAGCGCCACCUCCAGGCUCAGCAAGGUCUUCAAACUCAGGACCUACUGAAUGAGACUCCGUCCUGCAGCUGCUCGCACUCUGCUGCAACCUCUGCUUCAGAAACAUCAGAAGAAAGUUUGACUUUUAAAAACUGCUGAGACAUUGAUGGUCAUUAACUCAGACCCCCAAAAACUUAUAAUUUACCAUCGUUUUACACCUGUGUGUUUUGAAGUCUUUAGAGUUAAAUCCUGAGACACUUCACACCCUCAGCCUGCAGAGGAGGAGUCAGAUCCUGCUGAUGUAAUGUUUAAGCUGCGUCCUCUUCAGGAUUUUAGAAUAAUAAUGACUUAAAUUUAUAUAUGUAGCACUUUCUUAUACAGUUAUUUAAAAGAGUUAGGUCAUGUUAAGCUCUACUGAGAGAGGGCGGAGUGCUCAGGUGGGCAAAGAUAAACUUUCGAAUAUAAAAAAAGGGCUCAUUUACAACAAGGUCCAGGUUUAAAGAUCCAGAUGAUGGUGUACUCGCUCAUCCCUAAUAUUCAGAGGACUCUGAAAACUUAAGUCAAAAAUGUUGCUGCUCAUCUGAUAGCUGUCAACAUGCUAACAUACACUCACGGGCCACUUUAUUAGGUACACCUUGCUCGUACAGGGUUGGACCCCCUUU